ACAACAGUUUUUGAUAGGUCACUUCAACAUCAAAUCAUCUUCUAAAUCCCUUCUUGCCUUUGUAAUUUCUCUCCUCUCAGCCAUUUUAGCUCCCCAUGUUGUUCUCUGAACCAACUCUGCCAGUCAUGCAAAUAAACAAUGAAAGCACACAACCACAAGAUCACAAUAUUAAGAAGAGAAGCUAGCAAAAACCUUCCAAUAGCAUUCCCUGUACUCGCUGAUUGACACUGCAUUCUGUCCAUAAUACCUUUCACUCUCUUUCUCUUUACAACAGGUUCUGUUCAAAACUGACUGACACGCACCAGAGGGGGGGAGACAGAUAGAUAGCACCUAACACUGUCCAGUGCCAAGUUGUUGAAAAAGUCUUGGGAAUUAUUCACACUUUUGUCUUUGCGUACCAUAGGUUUUGGAGCUUAAAUAGAGAGCUUCUUUACCUUUGGCAGGCAUUGAUGAUCUCUGCCUCACAAAGCCAUUACAUGAAGAUUCGCCAACUGGGUUUUAAAAAUGGAAACUUUACAAAAACCCCAGGUUGUUGUUGAUGAUGUUGAUGUUCUAGAUGAAAGUAGUCACCACCACCACCAGCAGUCAGACGAUGAAGGGCAAAGAAGGUCUUCAAGCCAGUCUGGUUCUUGCAGUGAGAUUGUGAAGGAGAGGGGAUCUUCUGUGUCAGAGGUGGAUCUGGAGUAUGGGGCACCAGAGAUAAAGUUACAUUUGGCUAAAGUUGAGAGGGACUGCAGGAUUUGUCAUUUGAGCUUGGAUGCAGGGAGUCUGGAGGGUGGAUUGCCUAUUGAACUGGGUUGUUCUUGCAAGAAUGAUUUGGCUGCUGCUCAUAAGCAAUGUGCAGAGGCUUGGUUCAAAAUUAAGGGAAACAAAACCUGUGAGAUUUGUGGAUCAAUUGCACGAAAUGUUGCUGGUGCAAAUGAAACUGGGUCGGCAGAGCAGUGGAACCAGGCCAGUGAUGUUGCCGUGACAGCAGCACCACCCGUGCAACCCGCUGAUACACGGAACUUCUGGCAGGGCCACCGGUUCUUGAAUUUCCUCCUAGCAUGUAUGGUCUUUGCCUUUGUUAUCUCCUGGCUGUUUCACUUCAAUGUACCCUCUUAAUCUUGUAAGAGGUAUUUCUUGUCUCCUGGAUUUGACGAUGGAAGAGAAGGAGACGAGCAUCAAGGUCUGAGCUCUGCCGCAGGUACCAUCCUGUACCAAUUGUACGAUCUGUUUUCCCAUAAAGUAAGCGAUUCCCUUAUCUGCUUGCUGUCGAUAGUAGUAUUAGAGCUUGAACACUCUGAUUUGUGUUGUAUUAUUGUCGAUUUUAUUCACACAAUCAAGUGGAGCACCAUCCUAUGUUGUGAGUUUGAUUUUCUUUCAGCAUUUAUAUUACGAUGCUAGUGUUCUCAGCA